ACCUGAAAGUCAAGCAAGGAGAACAAACCCCCCUGCAAACAGGCAAGAUUUCAUCACUGUGUUCUCUCCAGAUUGAUCUCUGAUGAGUUUUUGAUCCAGGACCUGAGGAAGUGGUCACAGUGCUACACUGAAGACUAACAUGACGCUCGUAGCUUGUGCAAGACGGGAGUACAGCGCCAUUUUCCUCUUUCUGGCAGUGGCUGUCGUAGUCUUUGUGCUACAUAACAUGGAGAUCCUGCAGAAAGAGGCACAAGGCAGCUCUGAGGGAUCACAACAGGGAGCAGGCAGCAACACUACUGACAGUCAAGAGGCUUCACAGAAACAGGGACAAGCUGAUUUUCAGGCAUCACAACAGGGAGCAGGCAGCAGCAGCACUGACAACCAUGAGGCUUCACAGUUUCAGAAUAAAGCGAACUCCACCAUCAUCUACCCGAGUGUUCCCACUGCUCCGGACAUUAAUCACGGCCUCUGCAAAUUCCAGCCACUGCCUCCUGAGGAUGCUCAGGAGGAACGCCACCUAAUAGACUUAAUUGCUUGGCCUGAAACUCCACUUUUGCCAAAUCCUUUUCGCUUGGAGGAGACCAGUGAUCCAGCUCACAGCACCUUCACCAUUCUCCCAAGAAGGGGAGGAGGACAGUGGCGUGUAGGGGAUCAGCUGGAGGUCAUGAUCAAAAUUUCUGACUUCAAGGGCCGCCCAAAAAAGUCCGGUGGGGACUUCUUACUCGCCCGCCUGAACAACCCGAAUCUUGCUGCAGGUGUGGCUGGGCAAGUCGUGGAUCACCUCAAUGGCAGCUAUUCUGCUGUGUUGUCUUUACUCUGGGAAGGAAGAGCACAGGUUGAGGUGAUGCUGGUUCACUCUAGUGAGGCUAUCACAGUGCUGACCAGGCUGAACGUCGAACAGCCUGACAGGAUGCGCUUCCAAAGCACCUUCCGCGCAGGCUCAGUCUCUGAAACUACCACCUGUAACGUCUGCUUACGUCAACCCCAGUAUCCACUGUGCAACUUCACUGACCCCCGUACAGGUGAGCCUUGGUUCUGCUACAAGCCAAAGAGCCUAAACUGUGAUACCAGGAUGACUCACGGCACGGAAAGAUUCGUACAAGACAUCAAGUCAGGGGAGGAGACGCUUUUUCAAAGUGAUAUCAACAUGAAAGUCUACAUUAAGGCUACAGGACCUUCCGCUAUUGACGUGUUUCCAAAAGAGGAAGGUCAGCCACAGGUGAAGAGCAGCAUUGAAACAUCUGGACUCUUUGGCUAUUACCACCAGGGUGUGUGGCGAGCACUAGAUGGCACAGCAGUUCGCCAAUUUGACACCCCUGCCACCAUUCAGUGUCUGAGAAGCAAGGAGGUCCACAUCUUUGGAGACUCUACCGUCAGGCAGUGGUUUGAAUUCAUCACGUCAGUGAUACCAGAUCUUAAGGAGAUUGCCCUGUACAAUCCUGGGAAAGCAGGACCUCACAUGUCCGUAGACCAUGUAAACAAAAUCUUGGUGAUGUCCCGCUUCCAUGGGGUUCCUAUCCGUAUUAACUCUGUCUCAUCCAACGAGGUGCGUUUUGCUGCCAGUGAAAUAGAUGGCUUAAUCGGAGGCCCUAACACUGUCGUAGUUAUUGGCAUCUGGGCUCACUUUGGCACUUUCCCUAUUGAGGUCUACAUCCGGCGGAUGCAGAGUGUCCGCAGGGCAGUGGUGCGGCUACUGAACAGGGCUCCAGCCACGAAGGUCAUCAUCCGGACUGGGAAUCCUAAAGCUCUGACACUUUUUUAUGCGCUAACCAACAGUGACUGGUACACGCUGCAGAUUGACAAAGUGCUCAGAACCAUGUUCAAAGGAAUGAAUGUGCAUUGGGUCUAUGCCUGGGAGAUGGUCAUGGCCCACCAACUGCCGCACAACCUCCACCCACUACGUCCCAUUAUUAAGGACAUGAUUGGUGUUCUCUUGUCGUAUGUGUGCCCUAAAUAGUGCGGCUUUAUGUGAAUUUGUUGGGGGGAGUCGGAUUCAAGCACAAGCUGAGUUUUCAUACAUCUGUGUUCUUACCAAGCUACAUGUUUCCUUCAGCAGUCCAUGCCAGCCCAUUCUCAUUUCGCACUUGUCAAAUAUUGCCGCUUUGUCAGUGAUUUUGAUGCCAGGCACCGAUGCAAAAAAGUACUCUUUACAGUGGUGGGAUAUAACGUCGGUUCGAAACGCUGCCAGCAACAAUGAGAUAUAAGGAGCUGGAAAGUCCCAAUAGGAUGGGGGCAGGGGAGGUGGCUGGGUUCAACCAACCCUGGACUUUCACACGGGAGUCCACUCUUUGCUUCCCAUGUGAAUGGUGAGGCAAACCAUGAUGUUUUUUUUCUAAACUUAACCAUGUGAUUUUGUUACACAAGGAAAUAAACAUAAAAACAAGGUGC